UUUUUAAAUGUCAAAUAAGGCUCAAUCUGUUAAUAAAGGGAAGCAAAGGAAAUUGUGAAGAGCAUGGUGAGCUCCAAGUAUUUGGCAUGUCUGGUUUUUUCUGUAACUCUGAAUCUUCUGUUCAUCGUCAAUAUAUAUGUGGGUGAUCAAUGGAAGCUGAGUUGGACCACAAGAGCAGCACUUGAAGCUGAAAGAGUUGCAGCAACAUACUGUUCAGGCCAUGGCAGAGCUUACUUGGAUGGACUGGUUGCUGAUGGGAAUCAACCAGUUUGCAGCUGCAAUACAUGCUUUACCGGCCCCGAUUGCUCUCGAUUUAUACCUCGCUGCGCCGCAGAUGCAGAUAGUGGGAAUCCAUUGUUUCUAGAGCCUUUCUGGAUGCAACAUUUAGCCAGUAGUGCCCUGGUAGUACCAGGUUGGCACCAAAUGGGAUAUACUUAUGAUGAUCGGACUUACGUCUCGAAAGAGCUCGAAAAGCUCGUCCGGAGAGUACAUUCAACCGUCGGGAAUGCAGUCACCGAGAACAGAUUCAUCAUUUUCGGUGCAGGUUCCACCCAAAUCCUUAAUGCUGCAGUUUUUGCACUCUCCGCUGAAAAUACCUCCUCAACUGCAAGAGUUGUAUCUUCUGUUCCUUACUAUCCGGUCGACCAAGAACAGACGGAAUACUUUAGUUCAACGAAAUUCAAGUUCGAAGGAGAUGCUUAUACAUGGAGGAAUAGAUCAGAUGCUAGCAGUACCAACAUGAUCGAGUUCAUAACAUCACCAAACAAUCCUGAUGGACAGUUAAAGGAAGCGAUCCUACAUGGUCCUAAUGUCAAAACAAUUUAUGAUCGUGCGUACUACUGGCCUCAUUUUACGCCAAUUCCGGCUCCGGCUGACGAAGAUGUGACGGUCUUUACACUUUCCAAGCUUACCGGUCAUGCCGGCACCAGACUCGGAUGGGCAGUGAUAAAGGAUGAAACUGUGUUCAAGAGAAUGAUGAUACACAUGAGGUUGAAUUCCAUGGGAAUUUCUAAAGAUGCUCAACUAAGAGCUUUUAGGCUUCUGAAAACAGUCCUUGAAGAAGGAACCGAAAUAUUCGACUUCGCGUACCGAACAAUGCAGAGCAGGUGGGAAAGAUUGGUCCGGACCAUAUCAUCGUCGGACCGCUUCUCUCUUCCAGAAAACAAUCCUCGAUACUGCACUUUUUACAACAAAGUCCGAAAACUUUCCCCAGCUUACGCAUGGUUGAAAUGUGAGAGGGAAGAAGAUAAAGAUUGUUAUGCAGUUCUCAAGGCAGCUAACAUCAUCAGCCGUCGAGGAAAUCUGUUUGGCUCAGAAGAUCGAUAUGUUCGACUGAGUAUGAUCCGAACCGAAGAUGACUUCGACAUAUUACUUGAACGUUUAAAGGAAUUCAUAUCAAAGGAAGAUGGUGCCAAGACAUUUGAAGAAUGAGAUCAAUAUUUCUUGAUCGAAACCUCUUAAGUACAUGUAUAA